AAGAGAUUGUAGAAAGAUCAUCUAAUAAUAUCUAUUUAUACUAUGGAAUAUUGGUCGAUACUACUAUCGAUAGUGAUCGGUGUAAUCAGCAUUCAUUAUCUUUUUAAAAAUUUUAAUUUCUUUAAAAGAAAUGGUAUUAUACACUUAUCACCUGUUCCAUUAUUUGGAUCCACGAUGUCGAUUGUAUUUCGUCGAAUGUCAUUCUUUGAUUUCAUGUUGAAAAUAUACAAUUUCAAGCCAAACGCAAAAUAUUUGGGAUUGUACUUUACGACAACUCCAGUCUUCUUGCUUCGCGACCUCGAACUCAUUAAAACUGUUCUUGUAAAAAAUUUCGAGGCGUUUCCAGAUCGUCGUGGUUUUGCUGACUUUAAUGACUCUUUAUUUAAGAAAAAUUUGUUUUCUCUUCGCGGAGAAAAAUGGCGGAACGUGAGGAAUCUGUUGAGUCCCUCUUUUACUUCCAGCAAGAUGAAAAUGAUGUUCACGUUGAUGUCCGAAUGUGCUGUAGAUUUUGCAAAAUUUCUAUCGACAUCACCAGUGGAUAAAGGCGAUAUAGACAUGAAAGACAUCUGCUCUAAAUAUACGAAUGACGUCAUUGCUACCUGUGCAUUUGGAAUCAAAGUCAAUUCUAUGAAGGACCCAACGAAUAAAUUUUAUACUUACGGCAAAGAGGCGAGUAACUUCAGAGGAGUCAUUCACAGUAUAAAGUUCUUUUUUAUUGGAACGUUUCCGACACUUGUGCGAAUUUUUAAUAUGAAAUUUUUGGAUGAUUAUAUAUCGAAUUUCUUCAAGGACAUUAUAAAAACUACAAUUGCAACUCGCGAUGCAGAACACAUUACACGUCCGGAUAUGCUACAGUUAAUGAUGGAUAUCAGAGGCAAAGAAGGUCGUAGAGAAUUAGACAUCGACGACAUGACUGCGCAAGCGUUCAUCUUUUUCCUCGGCGGUUUCGAGACCAGUUCCACUGCAAUGUGCUUCGCAACUCAUGAAAUAGCAGCUAAUCCAGAAAUUCAGUUGAAAUUGCAACAAGAGAUCGACAAAGUUUUGGAGGAAUCAAACGGAAAAGUGUCUUACGAAGUUAUUAAUAGACUCGAAUAUUUAGAUGCAGUGAUAUGUGAAGCUCUUAGAUUAUAUCCACCAGUUGCCGCCUUAGAAAGAAUUUGCGAAAAAACUUUUGAAUUACCACCAGCAUUGCCGGAUGAAAAACCUUUUAUUAUGAAAAAAGGUAUGCUUGUUUGGAUUCCAGUUCUUGCAAUCCAUCGUGAUGAAAAGUAUUAUGACAAUCCGAAGAAAUUUGAUCCAGAAAGAUUUUUAAACAAUAAGAUGAACAAUUCUUCGAAUUAUAUGCCAUUCGGAUUAGGACCGAGAAUGUGCAUAGCUAACAGGUUUGCCAUGCUAGAAGUCAAAAUCUUGUUAUUCCACUUAUUAGCGCAAUGUGAGCUAAAACCUUCUCCAAAAACUACGUCCCCAAUACAGUUUUGCAAAGAUUUCAUGAUAAUGCCGAAAAAUGGAUUCUGCAUUCAUUAUCUUUUUAAAAAUUUUAAUUUCUUUAAAAGAAAUGGUAUUAUACACAUACCAUCUGUUCCAUUAUUUGGAUCGGCGACGUUUUUAUUUCGUCGAAUGUCAUUCUUUGAUUUCAUGUUGAAAAUAUACAAUUUCAAUCCAAACGCAAAAUAUUUUGGAUUGUACUUUACGACAACUCCAGUUUUCUUGCUUCGCGACCUCGAACUCAUUAAAACUGUUCUUGUAAAAAAUUUCGAGGCAUUUCCAGAUCGUCGUGGUUUUGCUGACUUUAAUGACUCUUUAUUUAAGAAAAAUUUAUUUUCUCUUCGCGGAGAAAAAUGGCGGAACGUGAGGAAUCUGUUGAGUCCCUCUUUUACUUCCAGCAAGAUGAAAAUGAUGUUCACGUUGAUGUUCGAAUGUGCUGUAGAUUAUGCAAAAUUUCUAUCGACAUCACCAGCGGAUAAAGGCGAUAUAGACAUGAAAGACAUCUGCUCUAAAUAUACGAACGAUGUCAUCGCUACCUGUGCAUUUGGAAUCAAAGUCGAUUCUAUAAAGGAUCCAACGAAUAAAUUCUAUACUUACGGCAAAGAGGCGAGUAACUUCAGAGGAGUCAUUCGCGGUAUAAAGCUCUUUCUUAUUGGAACGUUUCCGAUACUUGUACAAAUUCUCAAUAUGAAAUUUUUGGAUGAUUAUUUAUCGAAUUUCUUCAAGGACAUUGUAAGAACUACAAUCGCAACUCGCGACGCAGAACACAUUACACGUCCGGAUAUGCUACAGUUAAUGAUGGAUGUGAGAGGCAAAGAAGGUCGUAGAGAAUUAGAUAUCGACGACAUGACUGCGCAAGCGUUCAUCUUUUUCCUCGGCGGUUUCGAGACCAGUUCCACUGCAAUGUGCUUCGCAACUCAUGAAAUAGCAGCUAAUCCAGAAAUACAGACGAAAUUACAACAAGAAAUCGACAAGGUUUUAGAAGAAUCGAACGGAGAAGUGUCUUACGAAGUUAUUAAUAGACUCGAAUAUUUAGAUGCGGUGAUAAGUGAGGCUCUUAGAUUAUAUCCACCAAUCACAAACUUAGAAAGGUUAUGUGAAAAAACUUUUGAGUUACCACCCGCAUUGCCGGACGAGAAACCUUUUAUGAUGAAGAAAGGUAUGCUUGUUUGGAUUCCUGUUCUUGCAAUCCAUCAUGAUGAAAAGUAUUAUGACAAUCCGAAGAAAUUUGAUCCAGAAAGGUUUUUAAACAAUAAGAUGAACAAUUCUUCGAAUUAUAUGCCAUUCGGAUUAGGACCGAGAAUGUGCAUAGCUAACAGGUUUGCCAUGCUGGGAAUCAAAAUCUUGUUAUUUCACUUAUUAGCGCGAUGUGAGCUGAAACCUUCUGCAAAAACUACGUCCCCAAUACAAUUUGGCAAAGGUUUCAUGAUAAUGCCGAAAAAUGGAUUCUGGUUGAAUAUUCAGCGUAGAAAAAAUAUGCAUCCUGUAUUGGAGUCUAUUUCUGUAGUAAUGAAUAGUUAAAAACUCAGAAAACAU